GUUCGAUAGGCAGGUUAUCGAAGGCUAUGCAGCUCUGGCGGCUCAACAAAAAAAAAAUUACCACGUGAAGCGAAAUUGUGCGAAUUUCAUCACAGCUUUUAAACAGUUUUCCGGCCAUAUAAACCAAAUCCAGAGACUCCCAAGAUUCGGGCUCAGUCAGGCCAGCAAAUCCGCUAAGAGAGUAACCAACGAGUGAAGAGCAAACCGGCAUAAACAGAGAAAAUGGCGCUGCGCGUGCAAUUCGAGAACAACGACGACAUCGGCGUCUUCACCAAGCUGACCAACACAUACUGCCUGGUGGCCAUCGGCGGAUCCGAGACCUUCUACAGCGCCUUCGAGGCGGAGCUGGCCGAGACGAUCCCGGUGGUGCACGCCAAUGUGGGCGGUUGCCGGAUCAUCGGCCGUCUCACCGUGGGCAACAGGAACGGGCUACUGGUGCCCAACUCCACCACCGACGAGGAGCUGCAGCACCUGCGCAACAGCCUGCCGGAUGCCGUGAAGAUCCAGCGCGUGGAGGAGCGCCUGUCCGCACUGGGCAACGUGAUUGCCUGCAACGAUUAUGUGGCCCUGGUUCACCCGGAUUUGGAUAAAGAGACCGAGGAGAUUAUCGGGGACGUGCUGAAGGUGGAGGUCUUCCGGCAAACCAUUGCCGACAACACACUGGUGGGCUCGUACACCGUGCUGAGCAACCAGGGCGGCAUGGUGCAUCCCAAGACCAGCAUACAGGACCAGGACGAGCUGUCGUCCCUGCUGCAGGUGCCCCUCGUGGCGGGCACUGUCAACCGGGGCAGUGAGGUCCUCGCCGCCGGCAUGGUGGUCAACGACUGGCUCUCCUUCGUCGGCAUGAACACCACGGCCACAGAGAUUUCGGUGAUCGAGAGCGUCUUCAAGUUGAACCAGGCACAGCCAGCCACGGUGACGACCAAGCUGCGAGCGGCCCUCAUCGAGGACAUGUCCUAAGCGUCACCAUUUACCACCUUUUAUACUUGGUCUAAGGAUUAUCUGUUAUCUUCUACACGAAUGUCAUAUAAGUGCGAAAUACAAAAAACAAAAUUGAAAAAAGACUGGAGCUGCAGACAUCUCAAAGCUACUUC